UCAAAAUCCGUCUUCUUCUUCUUGUUCGUCGUCAUCAUCAUCAUAUUUCUCUCUCUCAUCUUUCACAACCGGAAUCUUAAUGGCGAUGCCGAGAAAUCGACGGACAACUUCCCUCCGUGACUCCGAUAACCGCCUCACUGACUCCGAUAAAAUCGAAGGCACCGGUAGUUGGGACGCUAUCGAGUGGACCAAAAUCGAUCAGCCUGUAUCAAGGCCUGUUCCUCAUGGAUUAUCUGAUUUUUUAUAUGAAGCUGAGGAGGUUCUCGCUGAGGGAUAUGGCGUUCUUGUUAAUACUGAUGAAGCCGGUACCUUGUUCGUGACCAAUUUUCGUCUUCUUUUUUUGAGUGAAGGAUCCAGGGAUAUAAUCGGACUAGGAACUAUACCAUUGGCCACCAUUGAGAAGUAUAAUAAGAUUGUAAUAAAGCAGCAGUCAGGCCCUAGGCAAUCUGAGAAGACACCUGCACGAAGGCUACUUCAGGUCAUUGGAAAAGAUAUGAGGAUUAUUAUAUUUGCGUUUCGUCCUCGAACUAAGCAGAGACGUGCUGUGUUUGAGGCCUUACUAAGGUGUGCAAGGCCUGCAAGGCUCUGGGAUCUAUAUGCCUUUUCUUCUGGCCCUUCAAGAUUCAGUAAUAUGAGUCCUAGAGUACGGCUACUGAAUGAAUACACGCGUCUCCUUGGUUUGGAAUCACAUCAUUCACCAGCUAACACCGUCGAAGAUGGUUCCUUCACUUUUUCUAAUAAUUGGUGGAGGAUUAGUGACGUCAAUGCAAAUUAUGACAUGUGUGCUACUUACCCAUCUUCAUUACUUUUACCUAAAGCCAUUAGAGAUGAGGAUGUGCUACAAGCUUGUAAAUUUCGUGCGCGAUGUAGAUUGCCUGCAAUAUCUUGGUGUGAUACACGCACUGGCGCCGUCCUUGCACGAUCAUCACAGCCAUUAGUUGGCCUGAUGAUGAAUAUGAGGAGCAAUGCUGACGAGAAUUUGGUUGGUGCUCUCUGUACUCAACUUCCCGGUGGCAAGAGAGGACGGAGGAAGUUAUACAUAGCUGACGCCAGACCCCGCAAAAACGCAUUGGCAAAUGGAGCAAUGGGAGGUGGUUCAGAGUCAUCUGCCAAUUAUUUUCAGUCUGAGAUUGUAUUCUUUGGGAUAGAUAAUAUCCAUGCCAUGAGGGAGAGUCUUGUUCGUCUCAGAGACUACUUGGAUACAUAUGGAACUAAGUCUUCUGAUGGAAUGUCAUCCUUUUUGAGAAAUGGUGGAUGGACAUGGGGUGGAGGUAAUCUCAGCAGUAUGUCUGCUUCUGUAUCAACCCUUGGUGACAGUGGUUGGUUAAUCCACAUCCAAAAUGUACUGGCGGGGUCUGCUUGGAUUGCUGCUCGUGUUGCAAUUGAGUCGGCAUCAGUACUGGUUCAUUGCAGUGAUGGAUGGGACAGAACAACGCAGCUAGUUGCGCUUGCAAGUUUGUUGCUUGAUCCAUAUUAUCGCACCAUCAAGGGAUUUCAGGCUCUUGUGGAAAAGGAUUGGCUUGCUUUUGGGCAUCCAUUUUCAGACCGAGCUGGAAUGCCAAGCUUUUCUGGGAGUGGUAUGGAGUUACCGAGGCAAUCUUCGAGCUCUAACUUCCCAUCAUCACCUAUGCGCCAAUCACAAGGAUCAUUUCCAUCUCAAUCUCCAGUGUCUUCUCAGACACAAACUUCAAACAAUUAUUCUCCAAUAUUUCUACAGUGGGUUGAUUGCGUCUCCCAGUUGUUGCGAAUGUACCCGUUUGCAUUUGAGUUCUCUUCGGCUUUUUUGGUUGAUUUUCUAGAUUGUAUGCUUUCUUGUCGAUUUGGGAACUUCUUGUGCAAUAGCGAGAAAGAAAGAGAACAAUACGGUGUUUCUGAUGCAUGUGGAUGUUUGUGGAUGUAUUUGGAUGAUAUGCGUGCUUCAGGGGGAAGUUCUCAUGUGCACUAUAACCUCUUCUAUGAUGCGACUAAACAUGAUGGUCCUUUGUUGCCGCCAGCUGCUGCUUUAGCCCCAACAUUAUGGCCACAAUUUCAUCUUAGGUGGUCUUGUCCUUCAGAAGCUCAAGCUGGAGAGGUUGAAGCUCAGUGUAGGAAUCUCGUGGAGAAAAUUUCUGAACUUCAAAAGUCAAAAGAAGUGGCUGAAAGGAAAGCCCGAGAAGCAAUUGCAACAAUGGAAGCUCUGAAAUCCGAGAUACGCAACGAGAAACAGAUAAGCAGCUCGGCCAUGAAUUCAGCAAGAAAAGCCAAUAGGGAAAAUGAUAUCAUAAAACGGGCAAUACAGUCUCUCGGGUGUAACAUUCACGUAUCUGGAAAUGAUGACUGUACAAUUAACAUUGAAAACAAUAUAGAUAUACCAGAGAGAAUUACCUCAUCUCCUUCAACAAGAGAAAUGGGAGUUAGUCCACUCUCGUAUGAUGAAAAGACGGAUAUGUCCAUUUCGGUUACCUUAUCCCCUGAUAAUGAUGAGGUUUCUGGGAACCCGAUCCUUCGGGUUUGUGAAAAUUUGUGCCCACAGCGGACACGAGAGGGAGGGUGUAAGUGGCCUGAUGCUGGUUGUGCUCAACUCGAGAGCCAAUUUGUAGGAUUGAGAGCUAAUUAUGAUGCUUUUGAUCGGCUAUCUAUCUAUGAUAGCUAUUUCCAGCCUGAAUGACAAACUCGUGGGCUCUUUGAGAAAUAGUAGUAGUACGGUUCUAACGUCCGGCAUGUUGUACAGUCUGAGCUUCUUCUCAAAUCUAAUAUACAACUUAGACGGGAAAACUUGUCACAUUAUGUUUGAUACAGUUUGAUUUUAGGAAUGUACAGGGGGGAGCAUAGGUUGGGGUUUGGGCGAGUUAGCAUGGGCAUACAGGUUUCGGGUGUGGUUGAGUCGGGUUGUGUAACCAUUGUUGCAAAUGAGGUGGUUUAUGUUCUUGUAAUGCUGUUAUAAUUUUAGAGGUGGUUCUUGUGUACAAAUUCUUGGUAGAUGUAUUGUUUAUGAAAGAGAUGUAAAAAUAGGCUGAUUUACAUUACUGAUCAAUUUUGUGGUUAAUGAAAGCUAAUGAAAGUGCUGGUUUUAAGCCA